UAGAAACGAGUAAAGACCUAGUCUCGUCAAUGUACUCGCAGACUGACAUCUGCCAAUCCCUCCGUUACACUAUAUAACAUAGACACGCGGAAACAAAAGCCCGCAAAUUCAAUAGCUAAAAAAGCCUUAAAGAUCUCAACGACCUGUAGUUGCCGGUGUUAUAAACUAUGUACUGAUCUGGCUGUGUGAGUAUCAAAAAACUGCAAAAAAAAAAAAGAAAAAAGAAAAAGAAGAAGAAGUAACCAACAAACAGAUCAGCAACCAAAGCUCUCCUGAGAGCCCCUAAAUCUUUGUCUUUUUUGUGGUUGGGCGUGUUUGUGAAGUUGACAAAUCCUUAGAAGCCAAUUAUGGGGGAGCCGCUUGGGCAGCUAAAAGUGAUGGUUGUGCAAGGAAAAAGAUUGGUAAUCCGGGAUUUCAAGAGUAGCGAUCCUUAUGUGAUAGUCAAGUUAGGCAAUCAGACUGCAAAGACCAAGGUUAUCAAUAGUUGCCUUAAUCCUGUUUGGAAUGAAGAACUAAGUUUCUCCCUCACAGAACCUGUUGGAGUUUUAAAUUUUGAAGUGUUUGAUAAAGAUCGUUUCAAGGCAGAUGACAAGAUGGGGAAUGCUCACCUCAGCCUUCAGCCAAUAGUCUCUGCCGCUAGGUUGAGAAAGAUUCUGGGGGUUUCUUCUGGAGAGACAACAUUAAGGAAGGUAGUCCCAGAUGGUGACAACUGUCUUGUUGGAGAGAGCUCUAUCUGUUGUGUAAAUGGUGAAGUUGUGCAGAGCGUUUGGUUAAGGCUUGGUGGAGUUGAGUCUGGGGAGAUCGAACUAAAGAUAAAGUUCAUUGAUCCUCUUGAAACUCCCUCGAAGUAGUGGAGAAUCUAUGUUUUGCAUAGGCUUAGAUUUCUAACAGUGGGGGGAUGAGGUCCAAUAUGUGUGUAGUUUUUAGUCCAGUCUCAUGUAACCCCUUUAGAGAUGUUAAAGGCAUUCUCAGUGUAGAAUUAGUAUAAUUGUGAGUUGGCUCAAGUGGAACCUUGCUUGUGUAAUUUGCUUUUUUCUAUAUGUUUUCAAGCAUGUUGAAAUAGGAGGCCAAGUGUUUGCAGGGGUUUGAUAUGAA